AUGAUUCUGAAGCUCUGGCAGCUAUUCAGGGAUCUUCCUAUUCCCUUUCUUCUACUGUCGUUUUCCAUCGUUUGUGUGGCGCUUCCAGUACACUCUACAGAACUCACACCGGAAAACUUCAAAUCGAGCAUAGCCAGCGGAGUGUGGCUUAUUGAGCAUUUUUCACCUUAUUGUGGGCACUGUAGGGCAUUUGCGCCUACUUGGGAAGAGCUGGCCCAAAGGAAUAAGGAAGGUAGCGCAGAGUUUACGGGUGUGAAACUUGCACAAGUUAAUUGCGCAGUCCACGGUGAUCUAUGCAGCGCCAACAAUGUCAAGGGAUACCCUCAGUUGAAUGUUUAUAACAACGGAGAUUUUGUGGAAACCUUCAAGGGUGCCAGGGACGUGGAACGUUUGACAGAGUUUAUAAAACGACACGCACCUACACCUCCAUUACCUACUCCGCCCGUUUCAGAAACUGUACUCGAAGAACCAAACUACGUUGCGGAUCCCAAUCCGUCAGGCUCCGUGCUGGUUUUGGAUGAAUCAAACUUCCAAAGCACGAUAGAGGAGGGUCCCGUCUUCGUUAAAUUUUUCGCCCCGUGGUGUGGCCAUUGUAAGAAGCUUGCUCCGACAUGGAAGAAGCUUGCUCAAAGCAUGCAACACAAACUCACAGUUGCUGAAGUUGAUUGUGAAUCUCACAAAGCUCUUUGCAAGGAAAACAACAUCGGAGGGUUUCCUACGUUGGUGUACAUCGCCGAUAGUUCUCACACGGAAUAUGGUGGUGGACGAAAGCUUGAGCAACUAGAAGAGUUUGCGGAGAAGGCUAGUAACUCUGCAGGUCAAACUAGGGAACCCAAAUCUAUUUCGCCUGACGAGUUGAAGAACCAUGUCUCCGUGGAAAAGUCGAUUUACGUGCUGCUCUAUCCUUCCAGCGAACCCAAACUUCCGUCCAUACUUAGGCCCCUCUUUUCCUCCCUCCUCGGUUCGCCUAUGGUCUACACCAUCGCUGAUCCACCACCUUCCAUGAAAUCUCACUUCUCUAUCCCAUCAACGUCGGCGUGGGCUAUUGUAGCCCUGAAAGACCAUGACUACACCACUCCUGCGGCCGUAUAUUCAACAUCUACUUCAGCCUCUUCCCUGAAAAAGGAUCCUACUGAAAUUGACCUCAUAAAGACCUGGUUGCUGCAUAAUCGUCUCCCGACAGCAAUUGAGCUAACUCAAGACUCCUUCCAGAACGUUAUGAACUCUCCUGCACGUCCACUUGUAGUGUUAGCUGCCGUCACCCCGAACAUCAAGGACAAAGUUCAGGAGCGCAUGGAAGAAAUCGGGCAAAAGUGGAGAGCAAGAACUCAAGGGAGUGGGAUGCUUAGUGAAAAUGGCCAAGAACGCCCUAUAGUAUUUGCUUGGAUGGAUCUAGGAAAGUGGAAGGAUUGGAUGAAGAGUAUGUAUGGGAUUAAAUAUGAGGGCUCCUUAGAGCUCGACGACGUCGAGGUUGUCGUUACUGAUCACAAGGCUCUAAUAUACUACGACAUCGGCCACGCUGGGUCGCCCAUAAAAUUGACCUCAUCGCAAAGCGUGUUCUCUGUGCUUGACGGGAUCGCUCAAGGAAAGAUCUCUCCCAAGAAUUCGGAAAACUUCAUCGAACGUGUUGCUAGAUAUCUUAACAACAAACUGCAGUCUAUCGAGUCCUACAUCAUUAAUCACCCCAAGCAUAUCGCGUUUUUGGUUCUCCUCGGAUUCGUGUUCGUUGUUUAUGCCAUCAGAAGAGCACUUGCGGACGAACCAAUGGAUAAAGAUUAUGUGCGCGUUGGAAAGGGGAAGGCAGAUCGAUUGGAUUAG